CUUCUCCUUCGGCAGCAUAAACUCUUCCAUUCUGACAUCCCCCGCCCAAGGAAUGGACACCGCGAGCCACCAAUCCACCGCUGCCGAUCACUUAUGCGUCCUUGUUCAUGGACUUUGGGGAAACCCGCAGCACCUUGAAUACCUUGCGAAGAGCCUCCGAGAAAAGUAUCCCGAAGACCGGCUCCACGUCCUAGUGGCCAAGCGCAAUGCCGGGAGCUUCACAUAUGAUGGCAUCGAAUUGGGCGGAGAGCGCGUCACAAAGGAGAUUGAGGAAACUCUAGAACACCAUGCCAGGAACGGAACUGAGAUUAAGAAGCUUAGCAUAGUGGGAUACUCUCUAGGUGGUCUAGUAUCGAGAUAUGCAAUCGGCCUUCUGUAUCACAAGGGAUACUUUGACAAAUUGGAGCCAGUCAACUUCACGACCUUCGCAACACCCCAUCUAGGCGUCCGAACCCCUCUUGUUGGAUACCAUAACCACAUCUGGAAUGUGCUGGGGGCGAGGACUCUAUCUAUGUCAGGAAGACAGCUCUUCACUAUUGACUCUUUCCGAGAUACGGGGCGGCCGCUUCUAUCGGUCCUGGCAGACCCAGACAGCAUCUUCAUACGAGCAUUGUCAAGAUUCAGGCAUAAAUCCCUGUACGCCAACAUCGUAAACGACAGAUCUGCCGUAUACUACACCACCGGCAUAUCCCGAAUCGACCCCUUUGUCGACCUGGAGAACAUCAAGAUCAACUAUGUCGAAGGCACUGAACAAGUCAUCAUCGACCCGGAUAAUCCCAUUUCCCCCAAAGAAGAAUCCGGAUCCUUACCAGCCUUCUCAACACGCUUGACCAACAGCACCCGCACCAUUUUAGGCCAAGUUCCCCUUAUAGCCCUCCUCACCGUCUUGAUUCCAAUUGGUACCGUCAUAUUCCUGAUCAACUCCGGGUUCCAAUCCGUCCGCAGCCGCCAGCGCAUCCGCAUGCACGAAUCUGGAAAAGCAGGCAUCGACAUCGGCGGCUACCGCAUUCCGCUAAUCUUCGACGACGUGCGCCGCGAGGCCGAGGAAAUGUUCGAGAACAUGAACAACCUUCAAAGCCAGGAAUACCUCCCAGCAGGGAGCGAGGAAUUAGCGUCACCGCGAAGCGCGCCCAGCUCUCCCACACUCUUACGCGCUGACUCCUCGCCGAUGGCGAAAGUUACUGACAACAGCGCGGGUGAUGACGACUCAAUUGUCGAGCAGAAACAGCAGCUGGUCCGCUCGCUUGAGUUUCCGACGCUGGCGCUCACGCCGGAUCAGUUUGCGAUGAUCCAAGCACUGGACGACGUUGGAUUCAGAAAAUACCCGGUCUACAUUCAUAAUCAUAGACACAGCCACGCUGCCAUCAUUGUUCGCAUGGACAAGCCAGCCUUCGGCGAGGGAAGGAUAGUAGUCGAGCAUUGGUUGAGCGAGUUCGCCAUCUAGAAUGGGUGUUUUGGGAUGCGUAUCGAAGCUUUUGCAGAGUUGAUUGAGAUGAGCGUUAGAGGGCAUCAGAGUGGUUUUAUCGUCAGUCUCAGGCCGGUCAUCUGAGCGUUCAAGCAUCGGUUCGGUGCGACUGGCCGUAUUUCUUGUCUUGUGAUUGCCACAGCGAUUUCGGAUUUUCUCAUGGCGUUUGUCCUGUACGUAGAGCGUAGACGGAGUAGGGGUACUGUGUGAUUAUUUUUUUCUGGCUCCCUUAGCAACAUUCAGCAAUCAGUCACUUCACACACUGCUCAGACAUGUUUCAAUAGCGAACAAAGAUCAUGAUUCCGCUUCGAAUAUACACAGUCACCAGAUCGAUCCUAU